AUGCCACCGCAGCAUCCACUCCAAUGGAAAGGGCCGCCGGUCCCACGCGCUAAACCAAUUACGGCAUCGAAAUGGGAGGAGCACAGAGAGGAGCUCUGCGAAUUCUAUCAGAAGAUGACUCUGGAUGAUCUAAUGGCCAUGAUGAAGGUCAGGCAUGGCUUUGAACCUUCUCGCCGACAGUACGUCUUUCAAUUUGAGAAGUGGGGCGUCCACAAGUACAACACUACGAGCAAGGAGCCCGCGCGAUCUGAAUACCUUCCGGUCUCACUACCGCGUCCCUCAGGUCCGACAGCCCAUCACGUGGUUGAAGAUGACGAUUCACUUCAGACAUCGAUUGUUCAGACCUGCCCUCGAAUACGAAAACAGAGCUCGUGCCAGAAGCCUGCGGUACCGCCAAAGAAGCGGCAGAAGCUAUCCGGCUUUAUCUCGUCAAAAGAUCCGUACGCUGAUCUUGGGUUAGUAUUUAACACGCCAGGCGAGUCUCAGCCAGGUCCUGGGGAUACCGUCCCAGCGGCACCAACAGCCAUGCCUCUUGGCGGCACAGCUUCCAGAAUCGCCAAUGGAGGAGCUGACGUGGUCGCUUCUAUGCCUGAAUUGUUGAUAGAGGAGAGCCGCUCGACUAUUUCGAACUGUGCACAUGACGCGGAUAGGGAUCUGCCGCUCUCGGAAACCGGCUCAGACUGGGACGAUUCCGAUCGAGACAUACGCGAACAACUUUCCACUGGCCAAGCAUCCGGACGCGAGAGGCUAAUUGACAGCAGCCGCCCAAUUGACACAUUUUCCCGAAAUGAGAUCCAAGACAUGAAGCACGCUGCCGACUUCCUCUACUCUCUACUCUCUGAUGAGGAUGCCUUCCCCUUGUACGUGCUUGUACUGAAACGGCUUAAGCAGUCUAACCAGCCAGUGUGGAUGAUGUCUUCGGCCAUUAUUGCAUGUGCCCGCUCUGCGACCACUUCAUCCCAGGUAGAGAUUGCACGAAGCUUACUGGAGCAGAAGCUACAGGACCCGCAGGGAUCGGCCACCGAUGCGGAGAUCUUCUUGUUCCGCAUGCUCCUUGCAUACACUUACAUCCGUUGUGGUGACGAUUUCACUGCAAGUUUCCACAUCGAAACUGCUAUGGGAUUCAAUCUCUCAAACGAGAACCUUUUCAUGCAGCUCCGGGAAGAAGAUCGCUCGCUAGACAUCAUAACGUAUCCUUUCCUCGCCCAGUAUUUGGGUUGCCUCGGUGAUCUUGGAAAAGCGAAGACCCUUGGACGCGUGGCUCAAGAUAAGCUUGUUGUCGACAAGAGCCUCAUUCGAAGACGAUUACGAGAAGCAAUACUCGAACGGGCGCCCGGCCCGUUCGAGCUCAAGCACGGUUCCAUGGGAAAUCCCUGUAUGCGCUCUUGUCUGCAAUGGUGUACCAGCGAGAUUCGAUGCACAGUCAAGAUUCCUGGCUCGUGGAAGAGUCUACACUCCCACAGAAGGUACGAACGCCAGGCGGACUACAUCGGGCUGUUCUGCUGCCUAUGGGAACGUUGGCAGACCCGCCGGACGGAGUUCCCAGCUGAACAGCUGCCAUUGAUGCGCCAAGCUGACAAGCUCAUGGGAAUUUCUGCUGCGGAGCUUCUCAUCUCCAUGUGCAGGAUGAUUAUGCAUGCCGCUCCAGCCAGAUUGGACAAUUCUGAGUGGGAUCUUUUACUUCGAGCGCGCAUCGGAGCAAUGUCGUUGUCCCAGCAAUCAGACGAGCAGCUCGGAUUACAGUACUUGGAUCUAUUCUCUCGGAUGAUGACCUUGAGAUCCUCAAAUGACCCUGUGCUGGACAUGUUCAUGAAGGCAGCACGGGUUUAUCAAGCAGAAUUGAUUACGAAGAACCUCAUGAUCAUGCUGCCGGACGUGCAGAACUUUGUCUCUGACUCGGAGAGUGGCGAUCCAUCCGACGAGUUUGUCAAAUCGAACACGCCAACGCGAAGUCUCAGCAUCGUCGCCGCAGUUCUGCUUCCAACACUGGCUCCCUCCCUCGAUUCUUCCGACUUAUCUUCCCUCCGCCUCCUCAAGGACCGUAUUCAGCAAGAUAUGCGAGGUGCAGCACGAGAUGCAGCCAUGAGGCUCCCCUCGACCGCUUUUAGGAACUCCUCGAGGAGCAUGCUGGACUUGCCCUCGAUGAGCGAAUUAUCGCAAGCAAUGGCAAGCUCCUUAAGUUUAUCAUCAGUGCGGCAGGCAGGCACAACGGCGCUCGAGGCACUGGUAACGGUCUCUAGCAAUGUACGGGAAAGAGUUGCGGACAUGGAAGAGAGUUCGCUUCGGAAAAGAUCAUUGUUCUCAAUCGACUGA